GAGUGGUCAAAUACACAAAACACUGUAACGAGAUGUGCGUCAACUAAUAACAGUAUGUUGUAAUGCAAUAUUCGGAAUAGUAUAAAACAUGGGUUAAGAUAACUCACGAGCACAUAGUUCAAGUAAACUCGAUACGGUUAGCCGUUUAAUAGCGAUCAUGAAAUUGUUGGUGUUGUGUGCGUUCGUAGCUGUGGUGGCGGCCGCCCCUCAGAAUCUUCAGGAUGUUCAGAUCCUACGCUACGACUUGAACAACGAUGGACUAGGCGCCUACAAUUACGCGUUCGAUCAAAGUGACGGCACAGGUCAUAAUGAGGACGGAGAGAUCAGAAACGCCGGCUCUGAAGAUGAGUUCGUUGCUGUUAGAGGUUCCUACUCCUGGGUCGGUCCUGAUGGUGUCAAGUAUACCGUGAACUACGUCGCUGAUGAGAACGGCUUCCAGCCCACCAUCGAGCAAGGACCUGGUGGUGCCGUACCCUCAGCGGUCGUCGCCUCACUCCUUGGUUAAAGUAUUAUUAGUUAAAUUAGUAUAAUUUGUUAAAUAAAAGUCAUAGUUAAGGUCUAUUUUCAA